AAGCCGCCGAAGGUUCUGCAGAAACAUCUGCCCCAAAAAGCUUUGCCGAUGGUCGGAACAGUCAACAGAAGACAACGAAUAGCAUAAGCAAAGUGGUGAUCAUUUUGUCGAACUGGUUGUCGAACUGGUUGUCAAACUAAGGUAGAAAGACCUAUUGCUAUCAAGAAGGAAUUGAAGGAUCAGCGCAGCAGAGAAUCAAUCAUGAGUGGAGGUGAUGACGACAGCAAGAAGGAGGGCUCCCAGGCUGGAGAAUUGAUCCGCCAUGUUCUGUACGUGGGAGGCAUGGUGGCGUUGCACGCUGGAUUUGGUGCCACCGCUACCGUAGCUGGCGCACCGAGCAAGUGCCCUCUCGGAGAAUGGGCCCGCCAUGCCGUCUACGUUGGUGGAUUCGUUGCCCUAGCGAUCAAGGCUGGUAUGGCGGCCAAACCGGCCAUCAAGGACGAAGAGAAGGUUGAAGGCAAGGCAUGCCCCGUGAAUGAACUUUAUAGGCACACUGUUUACAUUGCCGGUAUGGUGGGUGUGGUGGCCUUGAUGAACUCCAGGAAGAAAUGAGUACUGAUGGACUCCAGGAAGAAAUGAAUAGAUGGAAGAAACAAUCACUUCACGGUUGCCCUUCGGUCGGUCUCACCAAACUACAUUUUAGAGUAACGGGUUACUUGGAAAUGGCACCAAUCACAGUUAGAAGUCGUUACAGUUGAACCAUUCUAUCUGCAUCUGUAUUUGCCAUGAGAAUUUACCCAAAACGAUACGUUAGACCUCAAUUGUAGCUGCUAU